GCAGAGCGCGGGAGGAGGCGGGGGAGGAGAGGCCCCCGGGACCGUGAGCGGCAGCUGGGGAGGGGGCCGCGGAGCCGGAGCGCGAGCAAAACAGCUGAUCUGAUUUUCCUUUAAAGCGAGAGAAAAUGGAAGUCGGGUAGCGGCGACUGCGGCGCUGCAGGCUGGCGGAGCGGAGCGGCGCGGCAGAGUUCUCAGGGGCUGCAGUCUCACACCAUCUACGGGGGCAACAAUGGGCCAUUUCCAGCAGGGACGGCGCAGUGUUGCCCUGGAUGCCUGACUACCACACACCUCCAGAGAAUCACGGUGUCUGAAAAGGAGAAGAGUGAUAAAAGAAGAACCCUCCCAGUCGAGGCUCUGGUCCACGGACAGAAGGAAGAAGGCAAUCUCCUAAUUGGUACCAUAUACAUCAGAUGGAUGGUUUCUAGCCUGCUUCCAAACCCCACCUCGGCUGAGUGUUGGGCAGCCCUUCUACAUGAUCCUAUGACUCUUGAUAUGGACGCAGUCCUGUCAGACUUUGUUCGGUCCACGGGGGCAGAACCUGGUCUGGCCAGAGACCUGCUGGAAGGCAAAAACUGGGACCUGACUGCCGCUCUGAGUGACUAUGAGCAGCUCCGACAAGUGCACACAGCCAACCUGCCGCAUGUGUUCAACGAGGGCAGGUGCCCCAAGCAGCCAGAGAGAGAGCCGCCCCAAACCGGCCACAAGGUGGAGCGGCCCUGCCUGCAGAGACAGGACGACAUUGCCCAAGCAGAAAAGCGACUCUCCCGGGGGAUUUCCCACGCCAGCUCGGCAAUCGUCUCCCUGGCCCGGUCCCACGUGGCGAGUGAGUGCAACAAUGAGCAGUUCCCCCUGGAGAUGCCCAUCUACACAUUCCAGCUGCCAGAUUUGAGCGUGUACAGCGAAGACUUCAGGAGCUUCAUCGAACGGGACUUGAUUGAGCAGGCGACCAUGGUGGCUUUGGAGCAGGCAGGUCGCCUGAACUGGUGGUCCACUGUGUGCACGAGCUGUAAACGGCUUCUUCCUUUGGCCACUACAGGGGACGGGAACUGCCUUUUACACGCAGCCUCUCUGGGAAUGUGGGGGUUUCACGACCGGGACCUGGUGUUGCGGAAAGCUCUCUAUACAAUGAUGAGGACAGGAGCGGAAAGAGAAGCCCUAAAGCGGAGGUGGAGGUGGCAGCAGACGCAGCAGAACAAGGAGUCAGGGCUGCUGUACACCGAGGAGGAAUGGGAGCGGGAGUGGACGGAGCUGCUGAAAUUGGCGUCCAGCGAGCCACGCACGCACUUCAGCAAGAACGGUGGCACAGGCGGGGGUGUGGACAACUCUGAGGACCCCGUGUACGAGAGUCUAGAGGAGUUCCAUGUGUUUGUCCUCGCCCAUAUAUUAAGAAGACCAAUAGUUGUCGUAGCAGAUACAAUGCUGAGGGACUCAGGUGGAGAAGCAUUUGCUCCAAUCCCAUUCGGAGGGAUUUACCUGCCCCUGGAGGUGCCUCCCAACAGAUGCCACUGCUCUCCUCUGGUUCUUGCCUACGAUCAAGCGCAUUUCUCUGCCCUUGUGUCCAUGGAGCAGAGAGAUCAACAAAGAGAACAAGCCGUGAUCCCCCUGACGGAUUCGGAGCACAAGCUGCUGCCUCUGCACUUUGCAGUGGACCCCGGGAAGGACUGGGAGUGGGGGAAAGACGACAACGAUAACGCCCGGCUGGCCCACCUGAUCCUGUCGCUCGAAGCCAAGCUGAACCUUCUGCACAGCUACAUGAAUGUGACGUGGAUCCGGAUCCCCUCCGAGACCCGGGCCCCUCUGGCACAACCGGAAUCCCCAACAGCCUCAGUGGGGGAGGACGUGCAAUCCCUGGCCGACUCCCUGGACUCGGACCGGGACUCGGUGUGCAGCAAUUCCAACAGCAAUAAUGGCAAGAACGGCAAGGACAAGGAGAAGGAGAAGCAGCGCAAGGAGAAGGACAAGACCCGCGCGGACUCUGUGGCCAACAAGCUGGGCAGCUUCAGCAAGACGCUGGGCAUCAAGCUAAAGAAAAACAUGGGCGGCCUGGGCGGCCUGGUGCACGGCAAGAUGGGCCGUGCUAACUCCGCCAACGGCAAGAACGGCGACGCACCCGAGCGCGGCAAGGAGAAGAAGACCAAGUCGCGCAAGGGCAGCAAGGAAGAGUCGGGCGCGUCAGCGAGCACGUCGCCGUCGGAGAAGACCACGCCGUCGCCCACGGACAAGGCGGCCGGGGCGUCGCCGGCCGAAAAGGGCGGCGGGCCGCGGGGCGACGCCUGGAAGUACAGCACGGACGUGAAGCUGAGCCUCAACAUCCUGCGCGCCGCCAUGCAGGGCGAGCGCAAGUUCAUCUUCGCCGGCCUGCUGCUCACCAGCCACCGGCACCAGUUCCACGAGGAGAUGAUAGGCUACUACCUGACCAGCGCGCAGGAGCGCUUCAGCGCCGAGCAGGAGCAGCGGCGCCGCGACGCCGCCGCGGCCGCCGCCGCCUCCACGGCCAAGCGGCCGCCGCGCAGGCCAGAGACCGAGGGCGCGCCGGGCGCCGAGCGCGCCUCGCCGGGCCCGCCGGCCGGGCCGCCCACGCAGCUGGUGCUCAAGCUCAAGGAGCGCCCGAGCCCCGGGCCGGCGGCGGGCACGCGGGCGGCGCGGGCGGCGGCGGCGGCGGGCGGCGCGGCUUCCCCGGGCGGCGGCGGCGGCGGUGGGGGCGCGCGGCGCGCGGGCGCCAGCGGACCGCUCCCCGGCCGCAGCCCGCCGGCGCCAGCGCGCCAGAGCGUCAUCCACGUGCAGGCCGCGGGCGCGCGGGACGACGCGUGCGCGCCGGCCGUGGGCGCGCUGCGGCCGUGCGCCACGUACCCGCAGCAGAACCGCUCGCUGUCGUCGCAGAGCUACAGCCCGGCGCGCGCCGCCGCCCUACGCACCGUCAACACGGUCGAGUCGCUGGCGCGCGCCGUCCCCGCCGCCCUACCCGGCGCGGCGGGGGCCGCGGGCCCCGCCGAGCACAAGUCGCAGACCUACACCAACGGCUUCGGCGCCGCGCGCGACGGCCUGGAGUUCGCCGACGCCGACGCGCCGGCCGCCCGCUCGAACGGUGAGUGCGGCCGCGGCGGCCCGGGGCUGGCGCAGCGGCGCUGCCAGCGCGAGAACUGCGCGUUCUACGGGCGCGCCGAGACCGAGCACUACUGCUCGUACUGCUACCGCGAGGAGCUGCGGCGGCGGCGCGAGGCGCGCGGGGCCCGGCCCUGAGUGCGCCGCGCGCGCCAGCUUUUACCAUAAAGGAUUUCUUUUCCAUUCUGUCGGUGUCUUUUUUACAUUCCCUGGUCAACCGGAAGGCCGGCGACUCCUCUGUCAGUGCUGUGUACGUGUUUGGUCAAACGUUCCUAAUGGUGCCUGAACCUACACUGACGCCACUCAGGUAGUAGACGGAUAGGAAACAAGUCAUACUGUUGGAAGUGGGUGUGCUAGCUAGCAUCUGCCUCGUACCUGUGGAAACUCAAUAGCCAUUGCAAGAGUAUUUUUGUUCCUCAAUAAGAGAAAUAAAGAAAUUUGCAGCCCUUUGUUUUUAGAAGGGAGUGUUUUACCUUUUUUUUUUUUUUUUUUUUGCCUUUUUUUCUCGGCCCCCCGCCCCCAACCCAGCGACUGACCUCUUCCUCGUUAGCGGUCACACGCGUGCGGUCGGUACCACCCAGGGUUUAGAAGCAAACCCGCAGCCCGGGAGUGGGGCGGCGGCGGCGGCUUGCUGCGGGCACGCACCUGCUUCCCUUCCCGAGUCCCGGGAGGGCAGGAGGCACUGUGCCGCCCGCUGACUCGCUCUGGUGGCCGCGGUGGCCCUUUAGGAAUACACAGCUCCAUCUCAUAAGCAAAACCUCCUCCCACGCCCCACGACCCCCCGCUCCCCCCCUCCCCCCCGCUCAAGCAACAUUCACACUGUCGUCAAAGCCGCAGGGGUCCUAGGAUGGGCACCGGACAACCUACCUCGCAGGGCGCGCGGUGAGGUGUAGUGAUCGCUCCCAGUGCCGGGCAGCUCAGGUGACAGGAGCUUUCCAAAGACACCUUCGGUCCAAAAAGCAAGGUUCCGAACUCACUAUUUGGAAUUGCCCAUGUAUGAGCAAAGAUGACAGCCUGCUCACAUUUCUCCUUUGAAGACACUUUCACAGUGAACUAUCACCGGAGGACCCUAGGAAGUGAUCAUCGGUGCCCCAAGAGAGGCGAGGAAUUGACCCUUUGGUCAUUGUGUAAGCCCCCACGCUAGGCUACUUGGAAACCUGGCCUGUGCCUCUUUCCAAAGGGAAGAGGCUGAGGGAAGCUGGGAAGGAAGCCCAUCUCCACCUCCACCUGCAUCUGUCUGGGUUCAGCCAGGUAAAGGGGCGCCGCUCCCAUUGGGGUCCCCUCUGCAGGGCAGGGUAACCCUACCUGUGGCUCCAUAACACACUGAGGGGGCAGCCCCAACCCUGAGCGGUCCCUUUUUUCGUGCCUCCUACAUUUCUUGAGGAAAAAAAAAAUGUGUCCUUAGCUACCCUGUUUUGAGCAGCAAUAUGCAGCCUCUUCCUUCCAAGAUUACCUCUGGAGAACACCGUUCUUGGCCAAGGACGCUGAGGAGUUAAAUCUGCCUCGCUACGGAGAGAUCCUGUUUCCAAGAAAUAUGGAUAAGAUGGGUAAAAUCCUCACUAGCAAAAGAAUACUUUUAAAACCUGCGAGAGCCUUAGAAUAGCUUCUAAUAAUCCUAAGAAAGAGAAGAGAUAGCGCCCAGCUUUGCUGUGGGUGUAUCCUCAGAAAAUGCAGGAGGUAGACCAUCUCUUCAUUGGAGCCAGCUUCUCCUUCUCCAGAAAGGAUGUUUUUCCCUCUGACAUAAAAGGCAGCAAAAAAAAGAAAAAUAAAUUAAAAAACAAAAAAAGGGGGGACUUUUUUUUUUACUUGUUUGAAGAAUUAUAGUAAUUUGAGUAUCUCCUGUGAGUAAUUCUUUUGUUUUUAAUUAUUACACAGCACGUGGAGUUUUCAGUAAUUUAUUCAAGUUUUGCAUAAGUGGUUCCUUAAAUCAAAAUUAUUUAUUAAAUAGAAUCUUGGAGAAAUUUUUUGGAAGUUUUACUUUUCAUGCCAAACAAUACUUUCAAUGUGUGGUAAUUACUAACAUCCAUGUCCCUCAUAUUACUGGGGUUUCUUUUGUUACUCAGAAAAAAAAAGUUUUUUAAAAAUCUCUCAUCGAGAGGGUUUGUGGCAGCUUUUUGGACUGAUUCCUUGUGUCAUGCUGAGCAAUCGCUUUGCCAUCCAAAGCUGUGAGGUCACAGGAAGUAUUGCAUUACAUGUAGACACCGGCUAUGGCUCCCGCCCCACCCUUCCCUCUUAGAAGGUUGAGACAGCCAACCUUGAAAAUGCUUAAUUGUGCAUUCUGAAACCAAACCCAUGUACACAAGAAGUCAAGAAGGCAUAAAGUAAAUUUAUGGUGUUUUUUUUUAAUUUUUUAAUGUUAAAACAGCCAACCAGAAAUUUCCCAAGACUGGCUAUGCAAAUAUUUUAUCUUUCUCAUGCCAGGUUUAAAAAAAAAAAAAAGGUAGGAGGCGGGGGGGUGAGCUGAGAAUAAGCAUGGUCCAUUGUAAUACGGAGAACCUUCAAAACCAGGCAGUAUAAUCCGUAGGUAUUUUUUUUUUAAGGGUGACAUGUUCUAUCUCGUUGAAUUUCAAAGUCCCCUCCGCCCCACCCCACCGGGUAGAUGUGCCAUGAAUAAAAGCCUGAGAUCCAGCUACUGGCCACCAUGGUGGCUUCUCCAGGCAUGUGGAAGGCCCCCAACUUCAUAUGGUCACGAGGUGGCUCGGCAUGCCAGGGCGCCUGUGGGUGCUUGUCCACAUCGUUUACAAAUAGCUGUUUCCUUUUGUGAAAGAUAUGAAUCCCUUCCUCUAAAUGGUAUUGAAACAGUGAGAGAACCUACUGUUAUAUUAAACUUACUAGUCCAGUGUACCAGGAACGUUCCAUGUUGUUCAAAAGAGCUCGUUAGACCUGGUCCCUGGCCAGAGUUCUCUCAAACCAAAUUAGUUUGUCAGGCUGAACAGUAACUAUUAGAAACUGCUGUGUUGUUUACAUGUGGGCCAAGAGGUCCUCUAAUAUCCUUCUGUGACUUGGGGGCCUCUGGUGGAUCAGGGAAAGGUUAAGUGGCUUGUAGGCACUGGAGAAAAGGAAGAAAACCAGUCCGGAUUCUGGAAAGGCUGAGAGCCCCACCUGAGCAUACGUCCUGGACUAGGAGUACAUGGCAGACCCUCCCUGUGAGUGGCCUUCUUGUCUGAUCUGGCCAAACUUCCCUUUCCGGGAAGGUCAGAUGUCUCUAAGCGACUGCAAGUUUCCAGAGGGAUCCUAGAUACUUCUGAACCCCAGUGGAGGUUGUUUCAGUAAUUUACUUCACAUUUCCCGCACAUGCGCUACCUGGGUAUAUGAUUUUUUUUUAAAUAAUGUAUUGUUAAAGGAAGGUGUUUUUAAGUGUAUUCUGUUUGUAGAUUUUAUGCUAUGUUAUGUUGAAAUUUUACAAGCCAGGUUUAAACUGUACCAUAGAAAUUAUUUUUAUAUUAUUUUCAGAAUAUGCCACAGAGCAAUAUUUUGUGCCCUUAUAUUGUCACAGGGUUGUCCCCUUGGACGGGUAACUCUAGGGGGGAAGGGGCUCCACACUGUGGGCUCUUGGGUUUAAGUGCUUUUUGCUAUUUGCUCACAUCCCCUCUGAAAGUGGGAAUAUGUAAAUGUCUUUUCUUUUUUUAUUAGAAGCUUGAUAUUUUUGUUCUGUCCAUGGAUUUUGGUACUGCACCUUUCCUCUUAAAUGAAUACUUUAUACUCACCAAGUUACUGCAGACUUUCUCUUACCUGUUACCACCCAGUGGCUCAAGCGGAGUUCUGAAAAGUUUGGAUCUGUUACUUUAAAAAUUUAAUAUUUUCCAAAAUGAUUCAUUAGUUCUAGUAGCUUACCAUCAGGAAUUUGGUGACGUGAGAUAAAAGGUUUCUCCACACCCCCGAUGCACAUGGUUCUCACCCUCUCCCUUAGCAUCCACAAGCUUAUUUUGCAAACCACUCUACUUUGCAAAAAUAAAGUUAACCUAUCAAAAUAUAUUUCAUGUGAGUUAAGGAAAAAAAGGGCUGUACUUAUCAGUGGGGGGAAAUUUGUGCGAGGGGAAAAAAAGGCUUUGCCAAACCCAUGUGUGUGUUAAGUUCCAUUUCUGUGAGUCUUUCAUGUUUACUUACGAGACCUGGAGUAAAAGCUGAAGGCAUCUAUUGCACGUUUGGGGUUUCUUUCUUUAUGACACAAUUCCUUUCUCCUCACUGUGGUGUGGACUUAACAAAAUAAGUUCCUCCAGGGUUUUGUUUUGUUUUUUUUUUUUUUUAAUUUUUCCUUUUCUUUCUUUCAAUGCUUCUGACAAAUAAGACGACAAUGCGUUUCCAUGGCUGAGUGAGCCCUGCCUUGCCGGACUUCAGCCUCUGUGGCAUCACCCCCUGGGCUGCUGAGGCGGCCUCUGCUCUGGCUAGACUCUGGCUCUGCUGUCACCUGAGGGCAGACACACCGUGGAAAGGCCCAGAGGUGGCUGGCACUCCUGCCACCAGAAAGAAGGUACCCCCUUCCAAAAAGCCUUAAAGUGGUGGCUCUCUGGAGACCCCUGGGCACCACCUCCCCAUUCAGUCCUGACUAUAAACUGUUUUCUAUUCGCACUGCCCCCCCCGCCCCCAUUCUGGUGUGGCUCUCCAGGGCAGAAAGGGGGUGCUCAAUUUCAUCCCUUCAUCCACAGCCACCCCCACCCCCAUCCCCCAUAUCUACUCUGCAGUACUGGUUCUGCCCGCAUGGAGCGUGUUUCUGACAGCGCGGCCUGUUGACACAGGGUGGGUCCGGGAUAGUUGAUCCUAGAAAGACCUGCAGAGCAUGCAUGAUGGGGACCCCCCACUCCCCCUGAGGAGGCCCCCCCAGGCUGCAUGGAGCACUUCCAGGGUGCAGUGUUUUGGAAGAUUGGCACUUUGGGCUCCAAGUGGUGUUCAAAAUGGCCUGUUAGCAGUUAUGUAGUCAGCCCCAAAAGCAGUCCUUCUUGGACCACACCACCUCCAGUAGAGACGAGAGGGAGAUGCCCUGCAUGCACCCUCCGAAAUGCCCGGCAUGUGCAGGCUCUGCAGUAUGAAUAUGCUUUACUCCAAGGGGCUGACUUAACACAACACCCUAGGGACAGCACAGAAGCCCCUCUCACCAAACAGUCCUAGCGAUGUCACUGUUUCUAUUCAUUCUGCAAAGUCAUUUGUUGAAAUGUGCAUUUUUACUGUUCGAUUCUUGCAAAAGAAGGAGUUCCGCCAGCCUCAGUUGUGUAUAUACAGAAGGAUGCCCAUGGCUUAUGCUUUGUUAUUCACCCAACAGAGCAUCUUAGUACAUAAAUGUGUGUACAUACGUAUGUGUAUGUGUGUAUAUAUAUAUAUACAUACAUAUAUAUAACCAGUUCUUUACAAGGUGAGGAGUAUCAGUUGGUUUUAAGAGUAUAGGCUGAAUCUGCUCAAGACCAAAGCAACCCAUUAAUUAAAUGAGGACAAGUUAGUAAAACCGGCUGUUUGACAGUAUCUACAAACAGUGGAGGAUGACUUUCAAUGAAGAAACAGCCAAGUCCUUAGAAAGACCACUCCCACUCCAGUACUUCUCUGACCUUCUCCUCCUCCGUUGUUAGCCGCUCUGUCCCAGCAACAUGGGCCUGCCUCAGGGCCUUUGCACAUGCUUUUCCUCCUUGCACCUGGAAUGUUCUCCCCCCCCAAGCCACCUGCUUCCCCCUUCACUACCUGCCAGUCUUUGUUCCAAUGUCACUCUCAGGGAGGCCUUCCCUGACUUAUUUAAAAGGACAACACACACCCCCUCCCUGCCACCACCCUGUGCAUUGUUUGUGUGCUUAUUGCUAUUUGAGUGCUGCACAUAUGAAUUAUUCAUUCACUUUAUGUCCUUCCUCCAACCCCCAUAGAAUGUAAGCUCCAUGUGGGCAGGAAUUUUUGUACAUUUUGCUCACUGCUGUAUUCCUGGUGCCUACAACAGUGCCUGACACGUAUUAGGCACUGGAUCAAUAUUUGUUGAAGAAAAGAAAUGAAAUCAGUUAUUUGAUAACUAUUAAGCCUAAUAGUACCAGUUUCAACUUUUAUCAGAUCCAUAGUCCACUAUUGUCCCCAAGUAGGGAAAAUUUUAGCUGAUAAAGGAGCACUGGCUGCUUCUCCAGCCUGCGGUCCAUGAUGCCAGAUAUAACAGUGAGCACAUCAACCUGACUGUGGCAGGUUUCUUCCUGUCUCCGUGAAGGCCUGUCCGGUGGCCCUCCCCCACAGCUGUGAGACUCCACUGUUUACAGAAAGCUCUCUGGAACAAGCUGCAGCAGGGACAGUUUUCCUACAGGGCACAGGCCCACUGUGAUAGACCUCCGUGUUGUCGUUGUGGGCCUGGGCCAUUCUAGGGAGUCCCUUAUAACCAGCCCUUUGGACACCCACUGUUCCUCCACAGUGUCUCCCAGGAGACAGGCAUUCCUUCCUAUAACAAACUUAGGUGGCAGCGGAUGACCCAGGCCAGCGAAGGGAGUCAAUCUGACCACGAGAAGGACCCAUUCUCCUGUCACCAAAAGCAGGCGUGCAGAGGAAGAGGAACUUGUCACGCAAAAUAACAGGGGCAGCCAUGGGUAACUGGACUGACAAAGCUAGAAGCAGCAGGGGCAGAGAAUCAAGGCCCCUCUGAGCCUCUGCACCCCCCAUCAUUGGUGGGCGUGUGCUAGAGGGACAGAGCCUUGACACCACAGAGCCAAACAACAAACACACCCCCAGAGCAGGAGGCCCUCAAAUGCAGUCAGGCGACCUCACUCACCAGCAGGGGAGGGAUGGUUCCUCCUCUGAACUGCCCACCCCUGCAGGAUGAUUUUCACAACUACCUAACCUUGGUGUUUACUUCCAGGUCCUUUAGCCAAAUGUAUUUUCCUCUAAGUUAUAAAUACUGUUGGCAAAAUACUGUUAAAAGCUUCUUAUCGGACCCUUGUCCUACUGUAGCCUGGUUAAAAGGCUUUGUCAUUCUCUUUAACCUCCUUCCAUGGUUUUUGCUGUCAUUUCUCUGGGUGCCAUAUUUUAGGGUCCCUCAUGGUGCAGAUGUGAGGUCCCCUUCAUAAUACUCCCUCUGCGCCUGCCCAGCAGACAGGAAGUGGGCCCACACGUGUGUGUCCCUUUGCUUAAAUUGCCAAAUAAACAGCGUCCCUUUCAUUGCUGCCCUAACAAGUUUGGGGACGCACUCCUGCCAAUACUCAGAACACAGGCUUUCCCAGGGCUGCCUCCUUGGUCCACUCAAACUUUUCUCCGUGACAGGUGCCCUGUGGUCUGCCUAAGUUCUUCCUACACAUUCUUCCCACUUGCAUGGAAUGGAAUCCAAACACCUGAUUUGGAAUUACAAUUUGGCAGGAGGGAGUGGGGCAGCUUGUCUCCACUAAUUUAUGACCAAAACUAGUAACACAACCAUGAUCAUGGUUGGAGAUCAGCCAUGGCCUGGAGCCUCAGUAUAAAGCCUGGGUCCUCAGUCACAUCACCUCAGCUAUUAGAGGUGCAGGGAGGCUGGCCUGAAUCUGCUCAGAGCCUCAUCUGCGGAGCUUGAACGCUGUUCACCAUCAUCUUCUAUUAAGUUGGUCUUGUUUUAACCAAGGGUUGUUGAAGUGUAAUUGCUUUGUUCCUUCAAACAUGCAUUUGGCCUAUGGGAGUCAGUGAAUGUUGUUUCUCUGUUUCUGUCCCUUCUUUUCCUUUUUUUCUUCUUUUUUUUUUUUUUUUUUUGGUUCAUUUGACCCAUUUUGGGAUGAAAUGUGUUGCUUUGUUUCCCCAACUUGAUUACUGUGGACGAAAGAGAACAUUGAGGCAAAAAUGGGUCAUAAAUCCCGUUACUUUGACCAAGUUAUCCAGAGCCCUUUUCUACCUGGGAGUGUUCAUUCUAAUUCAAUGCAAAUAUUCUUUUCCACCUGGUCUAUUCUUGGAGAAGGAACCCGUUAUAAGAGCUGUCUUUGGUGGUUGGGUUGUUACUUUAUUAAGUAUUAAAGCACUAAACCAAUUUUUGCAAUAUGUAGUAAAUCUUGCUUUCAUUUUGGAAAACUUCCAGUAAUGACUACUGCACUUUUUAUAGAAGAACUGUAUUUCAUUUCUUUCUUUUAUGAAAGAUUAUUUCAAGUAAAAAUAGCUCUGUAAUCCGUGUGACACGGCUUCUCCAUUACUUGACACAGAGAGAAGCUUUCAU